UUGUUGUGCAUGUUUAGCUAAGUAUGAAUCUAGUGUUAAUAACAUUGUGGAAAGAAAUUACUAAAUCAUGGGUGGGACUUUAUGCCAUUGUGUCGGCUAGUGAAGGCUUAUUUGUGGUGGAUUUAUGACGAAUGUUUAAGCAUUAUAGACAGAUAAUGAACCAUCAGUUAAUGUGUCAGUGGGCGAUGAUGAACUCCUCAUGAACAUGAAUUUUUAGUGAUAUUGUAGUAUAAUGAAUGCUGCAUAUCUUGAGUACAGACCUUCGAAAUUUCCGCGUUGUGUUAUUGCAGUUUCGAAGUUAAAUUUUCUCUUGGCCAUCAGGCUAACUGGUGGCUGGAAGCCAUAAUGGUAUAUAUGAAGCAUAUUAUCAACAGGUGGACCCAAAUAACCAGGGCAGUGUUGGAGCUUUAGAUGCUGCUAUGUUUCUGAAGAAGUCAGGUCUCUCAGAUAGUAUACUGAGUAAAGUUUGGGAUUUGUCAGACCCAGCAGGAAAAGGCUACCUCAAUAAAGGUGGUUUCUUUGUGGCCUUGAAGCUUGUCUCUCUUGCACAGUCUGGGAAAGAGGUGAAUAUGGUAAACAUAACAGCAGAUGUACCACCUCCCAAAAUGGGAGAUGUUUCACAAAUGAUAACAGUUCAUAAUAGUCUUAUAUCUCCCCCAACAAUCAACAACUCUCUGCUGUCAGGUGACUGGGCUGUGAAACCAGCUGAGAAAGCAAAAUAUGACCAGUUGUUUGAAUCUCUGCAACCUCUUAAUGGCAUGAUUCCUGGGAACAAGGUGAAGGGUGUGUUGAUGGAUUCAAAGUUACCAAUAGAUACGUUGGGGAAAAUAUGGGAUUUGGCAGAUAUGGAUAAAGAUGGGAUGCUUGAUCAUCAUGAAUUUAUGGUGGCAAUGCAUCUUGUAUAUAAGGCAUUGGAAAAGUACACAAUCCCAAACACGCUUCCUCCAGAACUAAUGCCACCUUCAAAAAGAAAAGAUUCUGUGCAAGCAGCAACAUUACCAGGUGCAGUUCCCGUAGUACCAAAUCUUGUUAUGGGCAUUGAUGGCACAAAGCCCGCAAUUCCUCCCCUGCCUACAGCUCCAUGGAUAGUAACUGCUGAAGAGAAAACCAAAUAUGAUGUCAUGUUCCAUCAGACUGACAUUGAUAAAGAUGGCUAUGUUUCUGGCCUUGAAAUUAAAGAUGUCUUCCUUCGGUCAGGUGUCCCUCAAGCAGUGUUAGCACAUAUAUGGACAUUGUGUGAUAUAAAGCAGAGUGGGAAGCUGAACAGUGAACAGUUUGCUUUAUCUAUGUGGCUGAUAAACCAGAAACUAAAGGGUAUCGAUCCUCCACCAUCUCUGACACCAGAAAUGGUUCCUCCAAGUUUUCGAACGAAGCCACUUGUUGAUGGUGUGAUAGAAAACAGUAAUGCACCAUAUUCAAAUCCAGAAUUAGAUAUGAUUACCAAAGACAUUGAAGAACUUGGAAAGGAAAAACAUACACUGGAGACUGACAUAGCACAGAAGGAAGCUGAUAUUAAAAUAAAGAAUGGUGAAAUCAAAAGCUUGCAGAGUGAACUUGAUACAUUGGCAGCAACACUAAAGCAGCUGGAGAACCAAAAAGGAGAAGCACAAAAACGCCUAAAUGAUCUCAAAGGACAGAAAUCCUCGGUAGAGAAAGAACUUAAUGCCAUCAAGUUGGAGUUGGAAGAAGAACAAGUUCAGGUUGACAACUUGCGUCGGCAAGCAGAAGAACAAGAGCAGUCACUUAAAUCUCAAGAAGAUGAACUAAGUUCAAAGAAACAGGAAUUAGAGGGCUUGAAACAGGAAGAGGCAAAGCUUGAACAACAGCAAAAAGAAUCACGAGAUCAACUAGAAAACCUUACCAAGAAUCUGCAAGAUACUCAGCUACAGAUUAGUCAGGCAAAAGCAAAAAUUACUCAUUUACAAGAACAGCACCGGCAAAUGAAAGAUGCGGUUGCCACAUAUGAUUCUGUGAUUUCUUCUGGUGAUGCAUCCACAGUUAGUGAUACAUCAUUCAAUAUAAAACCAGAGUUCAGGGAUCAUGAGUACACCAGGAUAGCAAUGGUUAAUGGCGGAAGUCCUGUGGAACAUAAUAAAGGGUUCGUGGGCAGUGAAAAGGACCCUUUUAGUGGUUUGAAUGGACCAGCAGAUAGUAGUGGCUCUGAUUUUGGUGGAGAGGAUAUGUUUAAGAAUGAUCCAUUCAAGAGUACGAAACCAAAUCCCCCUGCUUCUGACCCAUUUAGCUCAUAUGAUCCAUUCAGUUCUGCCUUUUCAUCUAGGUCUCCUGACACUUUUACAUCAGAUCCCUUCAGUUCUUUUGGUGCACCAGCUGCAAAUGCCAAGAAUGAUCCUUUUGACCCUUUUGGAGAUGGAGGAACAGAUCGAUCUGCUUCAAAAACACCUGUAGAUAUGUCAGAUAAAGAUCCAUUUGGGUGUGAUCCAUUUGCUGCUCUUCAGCCUGCAAGUAGUGGACCUCCACCUCGUCCAGAGAGUCCCAGUCCUGCGUUACCUCCAAAAAAGAGCAAACAGCCACCCCCACGCCCUGCACCCCCACGUCCUCUCCAGCAGCCAAUGAUGCGAGCUGCCCCUCUUCCUCCAACACCUAGCCCUGAUCCAACAGCCAUGAGUGGAGCUGCUGCCAGUAGAGAUCCAUUCAGCAAUCCAGGUACACAAGCGGAUCCAUUUGGUGCUGAUCCUUUUGGAGCAGAUGACAGCACUACGUCAACAUCAGCUGCACCCCAGAAUGAUCCAUUUGCUAGCAGUUCAGGUGCAUUUGCUGACUUUGCAAAUUUUGACAACAAGUUUUCUGAGGCAGUGGAUGAAGUUUCAAGCCAGAUGGUGCAAACGACUGCGAAGGCAUCAGCUACCAUCAAAGCGACAACGCAGCAUCACUGUGCAGGUCUGGAGUUCACAGAGGAUCCUUUCCGAAAUUACCGUUAUGAGGACCCUUUCAAUAUAUCCGAUCCAUUCAAUGAUGAGGAAGACAUUAAAUCAUCUCCAGCCGCUGGUGCCAAACUUGAUCCAUUUGGACUUGAAACUGAUUCUGGUUUUGCAAGUGAGUUUCCCACCCCAACGUCUAAAAUGAAUGGAGGUGUGUCAGUGGACCCAUUUGCUGCUGGUCUUGGAUUAAAAGCUCAUACAGAGAUACCCCCUGAGGAUCAGCAGCUUGCAUGGGCGGCAGCUGAGAGCCUCCGACUGGAGGAGGAGCGUCGCAAGAGACUGGAGCAGGAGCAGGCCGACCUUGAGUAUGCCUUGGCACUUAGCAGGGAAGAUAAGAAGUCAAGGAAAGAAUUAUGAGAUGUGUGACUAAGUUCUUUUUCUCCCCUACUCCAGUCAGCAGUAAAGAAAUGGAACUCCACAUUGUAUUCUACUGGGUUUUCAAUUUAUGACGCCGCCGUAAGCCUCUCGGAAGUUUUCCCGAUGAACCAAGCUCAGUAGCCGCGAAAUUGCUAGCCUUUUUUCCCACUAGUAACAGUGAACUACGAGUAUUUCUCAUCACUGAUACAUGUUAUUGCAUUGAUUGUUCUUACUUAAAAAAUUAUGUUAAAAGUGAUUUUACUGUGCUUGCAGGCAAGCGUCGCAUCCUGUUUACAUGUUUCAGAUUACUCGACAAAGCUGUUCUUGGGAAAUGAAUGAAAUCACUCUUUGAAUACUUUCAUUAAGUUCUGCCAUGUGUCGAUUGUUGUCAAUAACUUGUUCACAAAACACUUCUCUUAAUGCUGGCAUCCACCGAUCAGUUGUGUGAGCUGUAGCACUGUUUUACAUGAAGAAACCGUCUCUUUAUCAGUCAGUUCUUGGAAAAAGAGUCUAAGUUUUAAAUUUACAUAAUGUUCAGAAUUUAUGAUUUUAUUAGAAAAGGUUGGCCCUGUUACUAUUUUGGAGGGGAUUGCACGCCAGACUCCAACCUUAAUAUAAUGACGAGGAUGUUCAUACAACUGGUGUGGAGUUUCUGAACUCCACUAGCAGUUCUGAGCGUCGACAUACCCACUUAAAUGCAGCCAUGCUUCAUCACAAGAGUUCUGGAUUAACACUAUCCCAUCAUGCACAGAUCCCAACAACCACUGCAGAAACGAAUCGUAGCACCAUCAGGAUUAGCUAUUUGACCAGUCAUCUUGUGCGAUUCGCCGGAUGAGUGCACAAUUCAAAGUUGCAUCGAUAUAGUGCUGGUCAUGCUCGCAUUACAAGCACAUUCACAGCGUCAUAAAUUGAAGGCUGUGUAGUUGUGGAAAUUACUUAAGGUUCUGAGUAAGAUGCUUAACAGUUAAUUUAAUUAACUCUUUGUGAAGAAGCGAUACCAAUUUGUGCAUUUCUGAUAUCAAAAAUUUUUAAAUCAUUGUUAUGCGAGGUGUCAUCUAUUUGUUUGAUAUACAAAUUGCAUUCGUUAUAAAAUAUAGAUGGCUGGCUUCCAGCAAAGGAAAUAGAACAAGCUUGAAUUUGAUAGUAGACACUGCUUAGUGGUAGGUUAUAAGUUUAUUUUGUCAGCAGUAUUUUUUAAGAACCAUAAUUCACAGAUGAGGCUAGUACAACAAUAAUAAUAGUAAUAAUAAUAAUAAUUGACAGUCCUUGGAGGUUUUUAUUGAGUUAUUCUCUUUUGAAUGUUGGUUUUAAUAUUCAGGAGUUCCAGUUCUUUUCACUGAAAGUCGCUGAUCCAGCGAGUAGAACUGUGGGCAGCCAAUAAACUCAGAAAACUAUGAAGAUGGCUGUUUUCUUGUUUGUUGCACCAUGUAAUCUAGCAGAAUUUUACUGAUGUUUCAGAGGUGCUUGCUACCUUCAUCAUCAGGGUGAUGAGUGCAGUAAGCACCUUUGAAAAGUCAGUGAACUUCUGCCAGACUAAAUGCACAACAACCCAGAAGACAGCCAUGUGAACCUGAAAUCUCACUUAGAAAUCUAUAAUCACAUUAGAAUCAAUACUGAUGGUAUAAUUAUGAUCCUGUUUAUGGCUUCAGGCUGUAAAGUUAUUUUAUAUUUAUUGUGGGGACAGACCAGCAGCAAUUUUGCACCAGGGCUUUUUUCUCGAUUAGAUUUGAUCAUGAUUUUAGGCAGAGGCAUUUCUUGCUACAAUUGAUAUAGUUCCAUACUUCAUACAUCCUUCUAUAAAGGAGUGUAUUAAAUUGGUAGGUUUGAAUAUUUAAGGGCAGGUUUAUGAGAUUUAAUUGAUCUCAUUCACAGAUGAGAGUGCCUCAUCAAGAUUUUUCACUGUUUACAUAUAAAAGACAUAUGGAAGAAAUAGUAACUGCCUGUUGAUCACAUUGUCAAAUAAUAUUAAAAAGUAGAUUUGCUUGUAACAUAAUGGGUGUAUUGUUACAUUUUUAAAACCAUCAUACUGCAAAUAUUUGAUGAUCUGGGGCCAUGUGUAGAUAUUUGUGAUGAGUUAAAGCAUUCUGUUUUAAGUAAGAUUAAGAGCACAUCUCAUUUCCUAAAAUUUAAUGAGUUGUAAAUACAGUUGUUAACAAGAAAUUAUAUGUUCAAUGCACUGUACACAAUUCACCCACCCUUUGCUCGUUCUUGUAUAUAUAUCCAGUUUGUGACUGUUAGUCAGAUGCAUAGAACAAAUUUAUGUUUGUAAAUAUGUAUUACACAGCAGUAAUUGACCAUUUAAGAGUUUACAAAGAUAUGAUUGAUUAUGUUUUCUGUAUAAUUCUGAACAGAUGAAAAUAAUUUUUGAGAAUAGGAAGGCUGUAUGAGGGACUUUGGUUACAGUUACAGUAGUCAGUUGUUAUAUGACAUGAACAUGAAGUUUUUCAAAUUGUAAAAGUAGAUGAAAAACCUGUGUGAUACAUGAAUGGAGGUAAAGGGUUAGCAAAUGCACAUUGACACUGAAGUAUACCAACAAUUCUCAGAACAGAAUAUAAAUAUGCAAUAAUUUGUUGGUAAACUGUAGGGAUUUUUCACAUUCUUGAAACAUCAUACAUGUGUAUCUUGAGAUUAAAACAUAUAUUAAGUAUGUUAUUUAGUAUAAUGUGUGUCAACAAACAAAUUAAUGUGGCAUGUGCUAAAUAAUUUUGAAAUAUUUUUCACAUGGGUAAACUUUCUAACAUUGCCUUCUAAGCUUUGAAAUAGAUUUUUAUUAAUGUUCAAAGCAGAGCAGUUUUGAUGUUUUCAUGUGUGUAGUGUAACUUUAGUGCAGCAUACAGGAGAGAGAAUAGGGCUUCAUGAAACCAUUACCACCCCAUUCUCUGAUUGCAUUCCAGAGUGAAAGAAAGUGUACACUUAUUUGCAAAUGUAUGGGUGUGAAUGUCUUAUGACUUUUUUUUUUUGAACAUGAAAAUAUAAAAUUUUCAUUAAGUUUACCUCAUGUAUGGUAUUUCUUCUGGAUAUUUGUUUGCUUAAAGUUUAUUAUCCAGAACAUAUUUUAAAGAAUGUGUUGGUGAAACAUUUAUUGAGCUCUGAUGUGGAAAACAGGUUUCCUACAGGUCUCAUCUUUCAUGUUAGUAGCACAUGAGUUACUGUGGCAUUGCAUUAUGUUGUUCUUUGUAUCAGUGUCUUGUCAGUCAGACUUAUAAGAUCCCAUGUAUACAGGCACAUUGUAAAUACUGUGUGGUACUUAUUAAAGUUUUUGUUUUAAUGGUGGUGUGGUAUUUGCAGACUGAGUGUAAAACAAUUUGCCCAUCAGGGAUAACUUCAGCAGCGAAUUUUCAUUAAUAGUAGUGAUAUGUGCAGUGCAGACUGAUGUGAUCUUAAAAGUAUGAGAUGCUAUUUUAAAUGGUUUCUUAUUUGCUAGACUUCAAUUGUGAUGCAGCAUAUUAGCAUAUACAUCUUUUGAAAAAAUAAUGCUUGUUGUAACACAUUGAGAAGUAUUCACUGAAGUUUUCAUAUUAAACAUCUGAUGUGUCUAAAAAUUGUUUGUUCUACUUCAAACAUAAAUAAUCUUACAAGUUAAUGUAAGUUAAUUGAUAAAAUGUGUGUACAGAUUUGUUGCAAAAAUAUUUUGUUUUCAUACAAAAUUAAAUGUUUCAAUUUUAAACAAUUGCAAUGCCUUGGAUGCGGAACAGAUCUCAAGUUGUUUCUUACAUAACAAGACAUUUAUGGAGCACCCCAUGGUAAUUUAAAUGUUAUCUUAUGUGACAUCUAGUGUUGCUGCCAGUGCUGUUAAAGUAUUAUCUCUUUGCCUUCAUUCCUUCAGAGAUAUGAUUGUGAACUGUUAUUGCUAUUGGUACAUCUGAUUGAAUACAAAGAAAUUAAUGGGGUGCUUUUACCAUGUUUCAUUUUUGUUGAUGAAUUUAACUGCUCUCCCUCCCUCCCUUCAGUGUACCGUAUCAUAACAGCAGAGAGUACUGGAACACACUGUUACUGUGGCUGUACAGUUUAAUGCAGCCAGCAUUCAUAUUCAUAAUCUGGCCUACAUGUCUGUUUACCAUGCAGAAGAUUUGAAACUUUCCUUCUGUUUACGUAGCAAACAUCUAUAUUACACUUUGCUGUAAUUAUGCUAUGACUAAUGAUACUUCAACAUUUUUCAAUCCUGUCAACUCACUACUACAGUAUAACUUAUGUUAAAAGCUUUCAAAUUGAAAUGUGAACAGUUUAUCUUUAUAUCAAACAUGAAAAGUGCUGUGUUUGUCAUUUGUCUCCUUUUGACAUGUGUCACAGGAGAUUCUGACACACACAACAUUCUGUAUCAAUUAUGCAAAAGUCUUCUGAAACCAUCACGCCUUCAAGAUACCUGUGAAUGGAAUACAGGAAUAAUCCCUUUAUUACUCUUGUUGUUGUUGUUGAUUACCAUAUUUAAAAUGUAUGUUAUGAAUAUACUGUUGUACAAUAUUCCCUACCCCAUGAUAACAAAGUGAGGAAUCUUUAUAAAUGUCAAUAAGAAACAUGAAUGUUUGUCGUCUGACUUGUAAAUAUAGUUGUUCACAUAGAAUAUUGUAUCAUAUGCCUUCCCUCACCCCUAAAGUAUGAUUUUUGUGAAAAACAAAGAUGGAUACCUCAUG